AUGCAUCUUGUUCUCUCUCGCAUCGAGCCGAAGGACCUCGAUGCCAUCGUCCCCCUCCUGUUCAAGUCAUUCCACAAGAUCGACCUCCCGCAUAUUUUCUUCGGGCGAGAGUCUCCUGGAAGUUAUGCACAUACCAAAAGAAUACUCUUGGACGGCAUGCAGAAUGACAAGACAGACGUGAUUCUCAAGAUUGAGGAUCUGGACGCCGAGGUCGACGUGAAUGUGCUUGAUGAACAGGGCAAUGCGACGGGGACGGAGCGGAGGAAAAGAAUUGUCUGUGCGAGCAAUUGGAAGAUCUCACCCACCUACGUGCCAUCCAAGAAGCUGCAAGCCGCAACCAAGGACGAAGGCGAAAAGACAGAGGCAGAGAAAAAACCCGCCUUUGCCUACCUCGAAACCGAGCAGGAACGGGCUGAUGCCGCUCUCUUAAUCCAGGACUUUAUCGCUCGGCGUCGUCGCGAGUGCACGGAAGGUCAUGUCCUCUGCUUCCUACUCUUCACAGAUCCAGAUUAUCAAGGGAAAGGGUGCGGACGGAUGAUGAUGCAGUGGGGGAAUGAUGUGGCUGAUGCGUUGAUGCUGCCUUGUUGGAUCGAAGCUUCUCCCGAAGGCGAGCUGCUAUACAAGCAGAUGGGAUACGAGGGGAGGGAGAGGGUGAGGAUGGAGACGAAGAGCUUUUUGAGCGAUCAAUCUUUCUUGGUGCUUGACCCUGAGCUUGACGGUACCUCAACGCUGCUGCCCAGGUUGAAAUCAACAUCUCUCUAUCGUCUAUGUCGCGACAGUAGCUUUUCACACAACUCGCUCAUGCGAAUCAACAGCAGCCCCCUCGCCUUCGUCCGAGGCCGCGCCACCUGGACCUGCCCUCGCUGUAAGAACCUGCAGAAGCCUUUCGAAAAGCUACGGAGAGGCUUCAACUCGUAUGGCAGACCAAUCAAGGUCGUGAGACCGCGCCGGGUCGUGUAUUGGGCAGCUGCAGGUGGAUCAGCAGGCACCGGUCUGCUGUUAUUCGGCGAUGAUAUCAAGCAUGGCUGGCUCGCCGCAGAGAGGACUGGAAGGGUGGUUACCACCUUAGCGGCGUGUAUAAACGACUAUCGUGUAACCCUCAACGAACAGCACGACGAUCCGGAAGAGCACACCAGAAGUCUCAAGGCUUGUCACAAACGAUGUGCCGACCGAACGCUGAAGGCCAUGGAGGCGAAUGGGUCAAUAUUCAUCAAACUGGGCCAACACAUCUCGUCCAUGGGAUAUCUGUUACCUACCGAAUAUACCGAGACCUUCGUCCCCUUGCAGGAUAAAUGCCCUGUCUCGUCCUACGAGUCAAUUGAAGAGAUGUAUCUGAGAGACACGGGCCACCGAAUAGAGGAUCAUUUUGACGACUUCACGAGAGAACCCAUUGGCGCGGCCUCGUUGGCGCAGGUGCACUUGGCCGUGAUGAAGGAGACAGGUCAGAGAGUGGCGGUCAAGGUGCAACAUCCCAGCCUCGAAGAGUGGGUGCCGUUGGAUCUGGCCCUGACAAGAUUCACCUUCCGCACAUUGAAGAGAGCCUUUCCCGACUACGAUUUGGAGUGGUUGAGUAAUGAGAUGGACUUUUCUCUGCCACAAGAGUUGGAUUUCAGACUCGAGGGCCAAAACGCAAUGUAUGCGAAGCAGUACUUCGAACGACACACCAGUUUUCCACUCGUCAUACCUCAGGUGAUCUCGGCCAACAAAAGAAUUCUGGUCAUGGACUAUGUCAUGGGGGCGAGGGUCGACAACCUACCCUACUUCAAAGAGCACAAUAUUUCACGAGCCGAAGUGUCGGCGACGCUGGCGCGCAUCUUCAACGUCAUGAUCUUUUCGAAAGGCGCCCCGUUACAUUGUGAUCCUCACGCAGGAAAUAUCGCCAUUCGUCACAAUCCCAAAAGGAGGUAUCCGUAUAAUUUCGACGUCAUUCUUUACGAUCAUGGGCUUUACCGAAUGCCAGAUGACAAGCUGAGGAGGGACUAUGCGAAGAUGUGGCUUGCGGUCAUCGAUGCGGAUGAGGCAAAAAUGCGGAAAUACGCCUACGAAGUCGCGGGGAUUGGCGACAAAGAAUUUCCCUUGUUUGCCUCAGCUAUCACAGGCCGUGACUAUCGCGUGCUGACUCGCAAAGAGCUCACCACUUCAAUACGGAAUAACGAUGAAAAGGAGGCCAUUGGCGAGGUCUUUGGCCAAGACCUUCUCGCGCAACUUGUGCAGCUGCUGGGGCAUGUUCCCCGCAUUAUUCUUCUUAUAUUGAAGACAAACGAUCUGACAAGGAGUCUGGAUGAGGCACUGGGUUCGACUCAGCCGAUGAGGCCAAUGCUCAUUCUGGCCAAGUACGCGAGUUGGACUGUUUGGCAGGAUGAAAAGGACAUGAUCCGACGGCGGGGUAGUCUUCUCCACCCGCAGAACUUUUGGAGGCUAUUACAGGCAUGGGUGAACUUCAUGAGGGUCGAGUUGAAGUUGUUCGGGUAUGAGCGGUACUUGUCUUUGCGGCGACACUUGGGUCUCGACGAGUAG